CUGCAGGACAAGGAGCCAUGGGGCCAGCAGCAGUGCCAAGGACCAGAGCUCCUGCACGACCUUGGGAGACGUGAGAGGGGAAGAAUUGGAAGGAGACAGCGUUGAUUCAAAGGAUGAUGGAGAAGACCUUGAUGUGACUGUGGAGGGAGACGACAGCAGCAGUGGACAUGCCAGAGACGGAAGUCCUGUGGCUGCAGAUGAAGGCCAUGUCGAUGAUGUCAUUGAAGGCAACGAUGAUGUGAAGGCGAAGGGAGAAUGUGUCGUUAAGAGUGACAGUGGCCAUGACUUAAGAAAAGAUGAAGGAUGGUGUGAUGGGAAUGUGCCAGCAGACGAUAGUGCUGAAGGGAAUGAAGAGGAAUGUGUCAAUGUUAUUGGAAAUGUGGAAGGCCUAGAGGAAGCAGAUGAAGGAGUAAACAAGGAUGUGCAGGUGGAUGAAGACAAGGAUGCUGAAAAGGAAGAAGAAGCAGGAGAUGGAAAAGAAGAAAAAUCUCACGGUGCCAAUAUGAAGGCAGGCAACAGUGAUAAUGCAAAUGAAGACAAACAUGUCAAUGUUGCAGGAAAUCUGGAAGGCCUGGAUGAGGCAAAUGUAGGAGGAAACAAGGGUGUGCAGAUGGAGCAAGACAAGGCCACUGGAAAGGAAGAAGGAGAUGGAAAUAUAGAAAAAUCCAACGGUGUAGAAAUGAAGGCAGGCAAUAGUGAUGAUGUAAAUGAAGGGGAAGACAAUGUAGAGGGAAAGGAAGAAUACGCAGAGGUGAAGAAGGAGCAGGAAAGCAGUGAUGCCAGUGUACAAAGAAACAGUGAUUGGACUGGGCAGGAAGAUAACAGAUGCAGUGGGAAUGAAGUAGACCGUAGAGGUCUUGCUGAGGAAGAAACUGAGGAAGAAAAUAAGGAAGUUAUAAAAGAGGAUGACAAUGCUAGAAAGAAGGAUGGUGUAAAUGUGGAGGGAAAUGAGAACAAAGAUAGGAGAAAAGAUGAGCAAGGUAGCUUGGCUGGCAGUGGAAAAGAAUGCAGUAAUGGCGGCAAGGCAGGAAGUAGCAGUGAUGGCAUUGAAGAGAGAGAAGACAGCCGAGAUGUUGAGAAUAAUCAAGGCGUCCUUUUAGUAGAUUGCUUACAGGGGCCUAUGAAGGCUGUGGAGAGAGGUUGCUCAGUGACUGCUGAGCUGAUGGAGAGCUUCACGCGUGUCUUUGUGGACAGCGUGAGCAAUAGUUUCUACCCGGUGCCUGAGGAAGCCAUUGGGGUGGGCAGUGCCUUUGAGGGUUGGAGUCCCUGUGAGUGGGAUGGGGUGUAUCGUGUGGUGGUUCCGCUGAAUCCCCCACCAGGGCACACCUUCCACCUGGAAGUGAACAGUGCAGGGCAGAUGGCAGCAAGGACCUUCAGUGUCCGUGUGGAGCUGGUGUGCACGUGCAGGAGGGAGCAGCUGGGUGAGAAGCUGUUGUGCUUGCUGCACCACUCGCAGGAGGAGCUGUGGCAGGAGCAGAAGCGCAGCCUCCUAGAGACACUGUGCACCGGCUCCUACCUGGAUGUGGAGAAAACCUGUCGCUGGUUCCACCAGCUGGUGAGGUCCUCGUGGCUGCGUGUGCCUCAGUCAUACUCGUGGCACUUGGUGUUUCAGCCCUGCAGCCGGUCUUGCCGAUUCCAGCUGAGCAGAGGCAAGAAGAGCCUGACGGUGGAGAUGCUCUUUGGGGUGCGCCAAGGGGACUCCGACAUCUUUGUGGUGAGCCAGCCCCCAGAGGCCCAGGAAGGCGGCUCCAGCAUCUUGGUGGUGAGCAGCAGCCAGCCCACCGAGGCCAAUUUCACUGCAAGCACAGCGUGGCCUGAGACGUACGCAGUGGCCGAGGUGAAAUUCUUCCAGCGCGUGGCCAGACAGGUGCCAUGUGAGAGCUUGCACCUGAAAUGCCUGCAGGUCUUCACCUGCAUCCUGAGGGGCACAGGUUUUUCCAGCUCUACCUGGAAGACUGUGGUCAUGCACCUGCUGACCAUCGUACCACUGUCCAGGUGGAGCAGGAGGGAAUUUGUGGUCCACUUGUGGGACGUGGUGGCGUACCUGGGCUGCUGCCUGCAGUUCAGACGCCUGGACCACUUUGUGCUGGGCAACGAGAGGCUUCCUGCAGAGAUCAGCUUGCCACCGGCAAUGCGAGGGGUUGAGCCGCUCAACCUCUUUGAGCAGCUGGCCCGAGAUCCGGCCGCCCACAGUGCGGCCAUGCAAGCUUAUGGUCAGCUGCAAUUUC